AUGGUUCAAACCUUUUCUAGUUCAAAACCAGUUUUACGAAACAAAUGGAAGCAAUCCAAGUAUGAUAAUAAAUCAGCAGGCAAGGUGGGUGGAGGGGAGGACAGAGGAACACAGUUUGUAGCAUGGCUGUUGCCACCACAACAUUUAGAGAAAGAAAAAAAACGAAUCCAGAACUAUGUGGAGGGAGUAUUGCCAUAUUAUAGUGUUGAUGAUUUUAAGGACAGAUUCCGAAUCAGUAGGGAAACAUUCGACUCGUUAGUAGAACAAAUGAUUCCAUACAUAGGUAAAGGGGAAAUAUGCGUUGAAAAGAAACUGCUAAUAUAUGUCAAGUAUAUAUCAACGCAACAGACGUAUCAAGCUUUGGCAGAUAUAUUUGGGGUAUGCGAGUAUUCUGUUCACAAAUGCAUUCAUGAAAUUUCAGAGAAAAUUUGUAAACACUUGCUACCAGAUUUAGUGAAAUGGCCAGAGAAACGGACAGCUGAUAGAACUGUAGAUGGAUUCCAGGAAAUCAAUGGUUUUCCAGGUGUCAUUGGAGCGAUUGAUGGAAGUCAUAUCCCUAUCCGCACCCCAACAGAAUUCCCAGAAAACUAUAUUAACAGAAAAGGUUACCCUUCCUUGAUACUUUAA